UCAUUUGUUAUACGCUCCUGGUUAGAAACGCAUUCAGCGCGAAGACAGUUGCGCACGUAUCGAUAAAGACCCGAUCGUACUGGUUUCGAUAUAAAUUAUUUAUACACACGAUUGACACAAUACAUAAAAUAUGGCAAGUUCGUCAAGACAUGAGACAAAUAAAGUAUGUUGCUAUGCUCAUCCUGAUGCUGUUCUGAUUGAAGAUUAUCGAGCUGGAGAUCAGAUCUGUUCAGAAUGUGGAUUGGUAGUAGGCGACAGGGUAAUAGAUGUUGGAUCGGAAUGGAGAACAUUUAGUAACGAAAAGGCUGGAGUAGAUCCUUCUCGUGUUGGUGGCCCAGAAAAUCCAUUGCUCAAUGGAUCAGAUUUAUCGACAAUGAUUGGACCAGGUACUGGUGCAGCCUCGUUCGAUGCGUUUGGAGCAUCAAAAUAUCAAAACCGGCGUACAAUGAGUAGUUCCGACAGAGCUCUGAUCAAUGCCUUUCGUGAAAUCAAUGGAAUGGCUGAUCGCAUUAAUCUCCCUAAGACCAUCGUAGACAGGGCAAACAACCUUUUCAAGCAGGUUCAUGAUGGAAAGAAUUUAAAGGGUCGCGCAAACGAUGCCAUUGCAUCCGCAUGUCUUUACAUAGCUUGUCGACAAGAAGGAGUGCCUCGUACAUUUAAAGAAAUUUGCGCAGUGAGCAAGAUCAGUAAAAAAGAAAUCGGCCGAUGUUUCAAGUUGAUCCUGAAGGCAUUGGAAACCAGUGUAGAUCUUAUCACAACAGGUGACUUCAUGUCGCGAUUCUGUUCAAAUUUGGGUCUUCCCAAUAUGGUACAACGUGCAGCCACCCAUAUCGCCAGGAAGGCAGUAGAGAUCGACAUUGUACCAGGAAGAUCACCUAUAUCGGUAGCAGCAGCGGCCAUUUAUAUGGCAUCACAGGCCUCAGAAGACAAAAGGUCCCAAAAAGAAAUUGGCGAUAUCGCUGGUGUUGCUGACGUUACUAUCAGACAAUCUUACAAGCUUAUGUAUCCACACGCUGGUAAACUCUUUCCAGAAGAUUUCAAAUUCGCCACGCCAAUUGAUCAGUUACCACAGAUGUAAAAAAAAAAGCUAUAUUCGUCCUCUUUUCUAUACCUUGGUCUUAAUGGAUACUAAAUAAUUUUUUCGUUAUGAUAAUCGCCGAAUAUUGACGCGAUUUAAAAAUAUCCCUUUUACGUUACAGUUUACAUUCCCAUAAGAUAAAUGAAACAGAAAUUUAUAAAAAUAUUAUAAUACACCUUACAAAAUUCAGUGCAAGCAUUUUUGAUCGAAUCAGAACGAAUCUACGAUAAUUAUGAGAUAAAUUAUUUAAAUAUCUGACUACUUUUUAUUGUCACUAUCGAAACUGAUUCUAUUCACAAUAUUUUUAAUCAUGUAUGUGUUCGAAAACGACGAAACCUGCAAGUGAAAAGAAUACUUUGUUUAAAGUUAUCAUAUAUAAUUUGUUGCUGUCAUUUUGCAAUGACUAAGAAAUUUACAAAUACUUCGUAUGUUCUUUUUGUAUAAUGAUGAGUCAAAUUUCACUCUCCUUUAUGGAAUAUUGGCAAAUUUGAGUCAAACACAUUUUACAUGCAGUGCUUGAGCAAUAAUCUGAUUAUCUCAGAAUUCUAAUAGAAAAAGAAAACAGUGGUCGCAAGCGAAUUGUCUUGCGUAGAGUAUUAUGAAGUUUUUGUUAGAAGGUUAUUGUUUUUCCAACAGUGCCGUUUUUUGCGAACUUUUCGCAACAUUCACGAGACUGAGGCGAUGCCUGAUACAUUUUCAAAAAUAUGUUCGUAAAUUAGCGACUAAUAUAAAAGGUGUUCAAAGUAGUCGUGACAUAAGUAAUGUAUCAUAAUUCCAGAGUCCGAUUAUUAUUAUAUUAUCAUAUUAAUAAUGCUGAAAAGAAAAUAAAAACUGUAAAACAAA